GAUUCUCAUGGCCUCUAAAGUUGGUAUCUCAUCGUGUGGUCCCAGCCACUAACAGAGGAAGAUAAUAUGGUCUAUGGCUAGAGAGAGAUGGGCACAUUGUAGACUUACACAUGUUAGUAGAGUGUAAGAAUAGAGAGGGAUUCAUGAUUUGUACAUCAAUGCUUCGCGUUGCCAUCAAAGCAGUGGGCAGUAAUAUAGUUGAUCAUGAAUCUUUCGUGUUUGUGUUGAGGCUCCCAAAAUGUUUUACGGUAACAGGUCCGAUCCAGCAAUCAGGCCUAUAAUUGAAGCGCAGUUAAUGUGGGCUUUUAGUUACAACUUGAUAUUUGGGCUAUUAUCCACUAUUCAAAUAUAAGUCGAAGGUAGUGAACAAAGAAAAGAGCGGGGUGAACAAUUUGGAUCGGCAAUGUGCGUAAUAUUUUGAGUCAAAGAGACUUUUAGUACCAUAAAUACGAGAAUAGUAGUAGUUUCAGUAAAUUUGUCUAAGACUAAAGUCAAAAUGAUUAAUCAUGGCAGCGAAUUUCGAGUUAAGAGGAGCUCGUAGAGAGGUUGUUAUUUCAAUCGCUUGCAUUUUUCUCACCACCUAAUUUUUUGACUCUUUCAACUGCUUAAUUCCCUCUUAAUCUUUUUUGUAUAAAUACCUGUUCAACCCUCAUGCAGUGGAGAUGUUGACAGAGAAUAAUUGUUGUUGUUACUUACUUUGUCAACGAAUUAGAGACUAACCCAUGCUUCUCUUUCGUUUUUUCUCCUAAAAAGUAUAUUAUUACAUUUACGUAGAUGUGUUUUAAUAACUCCAACCUUUUUUUUGGUGUAAUAAUAACUUAACCUUUGGCUAUAAACUAUUGGCCCCUUCCGUCUAAAGAAAAAUAGUCAAAAUUUCAGUAAAAAAUACUUAUCAUAGACAAACAAACAAAAAUAUGAACGAGUGACUUGGUAAUGAGUGGAUAUACAUGAGAAUAAAAAUCUAUAAAAAGGCAAAUGAUCAAAUCUAGAGCCGGAACUCUAGAAAAGCCACGUGAGCAACUAUAUGGUGGGCGUUUACACGUAGAAUAUAAUAUACUUUUGUAUAUAUGAGUAAACAAUUUGAUUAUUCAAUAUCCUUUGUGCUUAAUUUCACAUUUUGUUUCUCAUUAGAAAACUAUAAUCUCAGCCGACGGUAUUGCAAACUAUAUAACGUGUGAGUCCACGUGUGAUGACAGGUGGGAGCGAAGUCAUGUAAAAUAUUUGCUUAGUUUUCAACACGGUAACAAGUGGACCACUUCGCCGACUAUAUUAUUACCCUUUUCUUGUGUGCAAUUUAUUUAUCUUUUUACUUCAAAAUCCUUUUAUACACAAAACCAUCUUCAGGUCCACACAUAAUCUUUAGAUAGCUUAUUGAUUCACUGUUAAUAUAUCUUAAUUUGUCCCAUUAAUACUUCCAUUUCUAUCAUUUUGUAUCAUAUGCACUCACGCGGCUUUAAGAUGUACUAGCAUGUUUUGGGGGAAUCUGACAGCUGUAUAAUUCAUACCAAGUUAUAUAGAAAUGCACACUGGAUCCAGAAAAUAACAAAGAUGCAUAUUACAUAUACAGCCACUGGGGGAGCUAGCCUAACUUUUUAGGAGAGUCAAACUCAGAAUUUACAAGGGUUAAUAAGCUUUUUUGCAAUAUUUUCACAGUUUUUUUCUUAAAUACAAGUCAAAACAAUUUUACAAUUAUAAAAUCCACAUGGGUCAACUGACCCAGGUGCCAAAGGGCUGGUCUUGUUUUCUACAUCGGCGAGAAACUAAAUAAGCAUGUUAGAGCACCUCCAUCAGUGUCUCUAAGCUGAGGUUUUAAGGAAAAGUUAACAAAAAAAAUAAAUCAAAAAGGAUAAUAAAGGAACCAGUGUCCCAAAAUGUUUUACGGUUAAUUAUUCUUAUAUAUUCAGUAACUAUAAUCAGGUAUUAUAUUUUAAUGAACUUUUAUUGUCAGCGACCUACUUUCUUAUAUUGAAAGGAACUUUAGAUGUCUAUUGUCUACUAACUUAAUUUGUAUAAGAACAAUAAAAAACCUCGUGUAACUGUUGGUUUAUAUUUGAUCUCUCGCUCUAGCUAGUAAUGACACUUAUUUGUGUGUGGAUGACAUAUUUUCCAGCAAGCACUGGUCUAAUUCUAGAAGCAUGUAUACACUGAUACAUCCAGUACGUCAUUGCAUAUUUUCUGUCAACCAAUAAUUUACUACUUCGUGAAUAUUUUGAUAUAAAAUCAAAAUUAUAUAGAAGGAACAUUACCAAAACUAUGGACAAGGGAAAAUCUAGUCGGUCAAUUGACCAUAAAGGUCAUAAUGAUUAUUUAUUUUGAGGUUUUAGAAAAAUAAUAAAAAAUAAUUUAAAAUCAGGUGCUACUCGUAAGCGUGACGAAAUAGUAACGCAGUAUUAUAUAAAGAUUAUAUUUAUUUAUGGUAAUAAAUAAACAUGAGACCGUUGAAUUGCCGCCUCAAUAGACGAAAAACUGAAAGAAGAAAAAAUGAAGCAAAAAAAUAAACAUCUAGAAUCCCAAAAUUAAGAAGGAUAUAUGGUUUUCUUUAGUUAGCUGCUUUAAUUAAACCUAGCAUCAAUUAUAUCUUAAUCUAAAAUAUUAGUGUUCGUAGUUUAUUCCACAAAAUAUUUUUAUUUCUAUAGUAUAUCAAUUAUUUAAAUUAGAGAGAAAAAAACAAAAAACUAUACUUCAAUUGUCUCUCGACGAUUUCACACCUUCUUUUCACACCACCUGAUAGAUUAUAUUAAAAUCUCGCUUUCUCUUCUUCCUCUCUAUCUUCUUCUCCUAUUUUCCAAAGAAACUCCUCUUCAUUUAUAAAGAACCCACAAAAAGUAUCUCAUUCUCUUUACGUCACAAAGACUUUGAUCCCAAAUAAUGGACCGACGUAACCCUUUCCAUCAUCACGAACAUCAACUUUAUCACUUGAUCCAACAGCAACAGCUCCCUCUACCGCCGCAGAGCACGAUGGCUGCGAUGGAUUCUGGUGGCGGAGGAGGUGAGAGAAUCCCUCAGUGGAGCAUAGAGGAGACAAAGGAGCUUUUGGGUAUAAGAGAAGAGCUCGAUCAGACUUUCAUGGAGACCAAACGUAAUAAGCUACUUUGGGAAGUCGUCGCCGCUAAAAUGGCCGACAAGGGUUUUGCCCGAAGCGCAGAACAGUGUAAGAGCAAGUGGAAGAACCUCGUCACUAGAUACAAGGCGUGUGAAACGACUGAACCAGAAGCUAGUAGGCAGCAGUUCCCAUUCUACAGCGAGAUCCAAUCGAUUUUCACAGCAAGAAUGCAAAGAAAUUUGUGGUCAGAGCCCACAGAAGGAAGCACUUCUUCGAAGAGAAAACACCAUCAGUUUUCAUCUGACGAAGAGGAAGAAGAUCAAGUUGAGGAGCCAAAUCAAGACAUCAACGAGGAACUCUUGUCUUUCAUCGAGACAGACAAGAAAGAGGCAGAAGUGAUUACUACUAGUACUUCUACUGAUCCAAGAAAACGUGUGAAAAAAGGAAAAGGUAUAUUUACAGGUAGUACCAAAGCUGAAACCGCGGGUAGUACAUUGAAAGAAAUAUUGGAGGACUUUAUGAGGCAAACGGUGAAGAUGGAGAAAGAAUGGAUAGCUUCAUGGGAGAUGAAGGAGAGAGAGAGGGAGAAGAGAGAGCACGAGAGGCGGAGGAGAAUGGCUGAUCUAGAGGAGGAGAGAGCUGCUGCGGAGAGGAGGUGGAUGGAGAGAGAGGAUGAGAGACGGUUGAGAGAAGAAGCUAGGGCUCGGAAGAGAGAUACACUCAUUGAUGCUUUGCUUAAUAAGCUUAAUAGAGAUCACAAUGAUGAUCAUUAUCAAGGCUUUUAAAUAUUGUUUUCUAGCUAUUUGAUUUAAGCAUGGGAUCACUUAGCUAGUUCUUUAGUAACUUCAAUCUCAUUUUAUUAAUGUUUGUUUUAUUUAGUAUAUGAAUAGUUGAGUUGAAAACCACAAAUCCUAGUUUGCUCUCGUAGAAUGCUUUAAUUUCCUGGGGUUUUUGUUUUGGGGUUUUAGGUUCAUAAUCUAUGAGUUUUUAAAUCAGUUACCCUCAAAAAUGUGUUUUUAAAUCAGUUGUUGUACAAAAGUGAGCUUUUGAAAAUAGUACUUCUGAUGCAUUUAGUGGUAACUAACCUCAAAAUAAGAGGAAAUGUGAAAAUCUUGGACCUAUAAUAGAACGAGUAAAACGAGCAUAUCCAAAAGCAAAUUGGUUUACUAUUUUUAGCUACUUUGAUCUGCUAAUAAUAGUGUUCCAUGGUUAUUAAUUAAUCAGUCGUUAAACAAAAAGUAAGUAAAAGUCCGCCUUGUUACAAAAUUCUAAACUCACAUUUGUCACACAUUAUUACUUCACCGCGUUAUCUGUGUAUUAACUCACAUAUAUAUAACGUUUUUUUUUCUCUAGUAGUUUUUUAUUAUUGUAUUAUUUCUUUCUUCUCUUGCAACAGCCAGCUACCAAACAGAUCGCAACACAGUUAAAAACUUGAAACCGUGUCACAUGGCGUUCACACUACUGUAAUUUCGUAAUACAUUUAUAAUAAAGAUAUCAUAUUCAUAUAGACAAGGCUCAUCCGCCGCGUCAAUACAACUUGAUAGAAACGUGGAGUAGACCCUCAAAGGUCACCAGUGCACUUUUGCAUUUUUAAUUAACUUUUAGUAAAUAAAAAUAAGUUGGUCGACUAAAUCAUAUAUUCAUAAUUCGAAGUUUAAAUGAAUUAGAAUGGGAAGUUGUUAAUGAAUUUUACAUGUGAUUAUGUGAAACUCGAAAAAAAUCACAGAAAUACAAAAAAAA